UUCAAAUCAUAUUUCUACCUUCAGGGUCACGGUUUAUACAGUCAUUUUGAUGAAUACAGACAUUCUAUCUCCAGCCACUUUUUAUGAUCUCCCUGAUGAAUUGAUCCUUCGAGUUUUUACUUAUUUACCACAAAUUGACCUGAUAAAAUGUAUUUCAAGGUAAGUUUUACAUUCCAACGUAUUUUCAGAGUUAACAAAAAGUUACACGUAUUAUCUCGAAGUUCAUACUUGUGGAAACACUUAGACUUCCGCAAUUAUGAGGUAGAACCGAAAGAUUUGCGUCAUUUUUCAAAACAGAAACUGGUUGGACGACAAACUUGUAGCGUUAAGAUUGAAUUUAAUCCGAGAUCCAAAAACAUUGAAGCAGGAUUGGCACCAGUGUUUAAAAUUUGUGGUGUUUUGACUCAUGUAUUGAUUCGAGGAGGAAGUAUUAAUAACUUUCAAAAUUUUAUCAGAUUAUUUUCUGAUUAUCUUGAAAAACUUGAAUUAAUUGAAAUUGUUGCUAAAAACAGGUUAGUUGAUCCUGAAUCUCUGCCCAGUGUUCCAAGAUUUUCGUUAAAGUAUCUCAAGUUAUCUGAUAGUAGCUGGCUAUAUGACGUACACUUAUCGGCACUGAUUGGUUUAAAUGCUUCAAAAACUCUGAAAUACCUAAAUGUAUCGAAGUGUUAUCGUUUAUUUCUUGGUCCUCCAGCAUCCUGUCCACUGAACAUGCGUUUUGAAAAGAUGUCAGCCUUUCUUAAACAGACUUGCCCGCACCUCGAAGAGUUGGACUUAUCUUCAGUUUUUAUGUCACAUAACAUCCAAGUGCCUGUAACAACAGCAUUGUUAAGUAUGAUACCUGAUACUCUUCCUUACCUCCAUACUUUGAAUCUGUCAGAAAAUCCUAUGAUUACUUCGUCUCUUUUAAAUCAGUUAUACGAAAGUCAAAAUCUAAGCUCAGCACUUCAAAGCUUCAUUACCUCGUUUUUUAAUAAAAUUCAUAAAUAUAAAGUUUUUUUGUAUAUAUAUGACUGGCCACAUAAAUUAACUAUGAGUUUAUUUUCUGCAUGUGCUCUUACUGUACCUGAUGGCAGUACAGUAUAUUUGUAUGUUAAUGAUGCUCCUAAAUGUAUAGAAGAAAAUUCGAAAUGUAAACUUAUAUCUUCAGUAACAAAUGACCUUUGUUUUGGCUAAACGAUCCUUGUAUAUAUUCUGUUUAUAUGAUUUAUAUAGAUAUAUAUGGUCGAUAUUUGUGCGGUUUCACUAUCUAACUAUUCUUUAUUUGCUCUGCACAAGUGAACUCAUUUAACAGUAGAUGGUGACACAAAGUUAUAACUCUAUAAAUAAACUUGCAUGUAACGAC